GGCGGCGGCGGCGGGAGGAGGGAGCCGGGGAGCGCCGUGAGAUGGGCCGACUAUCAGGUCAGCCGGGAGGAAACUGUUUCAAAUUACAACUCCCCAGGAGCCCCACGAAGAAUUCAGAUGAGGGGGUCCCGCCCAACCGAGGAAAGGAAGCCCCGGAGGAGCCCCUUCUGAUGUCCCCCGGAGCAGGUCGACCCCCUCUGGGCUCUGGGUACCCCACAGAGCAAUAUGAAACCCGUUCAUGAGAGGAGUCAGGAAUGCCUUCCACCAAAGAAACGAGAUCUCCCCGUAACCAGCGAGGACAUGGGGAGGACCGCCAGCUGCUCGACCAACCACGCCCCCGUCAGCGACCCUCCUGACUGGGCCGGAGGGGUAGUGGUGACCGGGCAGGGCCAGGCGGGAGCGAGGCCCGGCUCGAGCUGCGAUGGGGCCGAGGCCGUCGCGGGCCUGACGGUGGACCAGUACGGCAUGCUGUAUAAAGUGGCCGUGCCCCCGGCCUCUUUUUCUCCGAGCGGCCUCCAUUCCGUGGUGAAUAUGAGCCCCCUCCCCCCGGCCUUUAAUGUAGCAUCCUCGUUGAUUCAGCAUCCGGGAAUCCACUACCCUCCCAUCCACUAUGCCCAGCUCCCCCCGACGUCCCUGCAGUUCAUCGGGUCACCUUACGCCCUGCCCUAUGCCGUGCCCCCCAGUUUCAUGCCCAGCCCCCUCCUCUCCCCUUCCGCCAACCUCACGACCUCUCACGUUCCUCACUUCGUGCCAUACGCCUCCCUUCUGCCGGAAGGAGCCACCCCCCCUCCCCCGGCCCCUUCCCCGGCUCACCCCUUCAACAAGGUCCCCUCCGGCACCCCGCCCCCGGGCCAGCUGCAGCUCCAGCACCACCCCGGCUCCCAGCCGGUGGAUCUGACGCCGGGCCGGAUGCCCGUGUACUACCAGAUGUCUCGGCUCCCCGCGGGGUACGCCGCGCACGAGGCCGCCCCGCCGGGAGAAACUCCAGAUCCCUCCCCGCGGGAGGGCCAGCCCGCUCUGGACGCGGCCUCGGCCAACGGAGGUCAGAGGCAGCCGGAGAGGAACCCGGUGAGGCGGGCGGCCGAGCCGGGGGCCGACGCCCGGGGCCUCGGGGCGGCGGCGGCGGCGGCGGAAGGCGCGGCGGACGGGCCCUCGUUUUCGGGGCCCCGGACUCCUCGGCUCGAGGCGGCGGUGCCGGCUCACCGAGGCACCCCGGACACCGACCUGGAGGUCCAGAGGGUGGUCGGUGCGUUAGCUUCUCAGGACCGUCGGCUGGCCUCGGCUCAGAGGAGGGACCAGCCCAGCCCCCUCAACCUGUCCCAUCACAUUUCCGACCAUCACGGGGAGGCGAGAGGCGCGGCCCGGGGCCCGCACACGCCGCCCCAGGGGCCGGCGAAACACAGACCUCCUCCGCCCAGAGCAGUGGCGCUAGCCAACGGCAACCCGGUGCCCGUCGGGGCCGCCCGGAGCUCGUCGCCCCCGGGGCCGGAGAGCCCGGCGCCGCGCAGCUGGGCCGCGCGGGCCCGGGCCGCCGGGCCGGAGGAGGACCCGGCCCCGCCGCCCGCCGCCACCGCGUCCCAUUUGCCUUCGCACUUCAUGAAAGGUGCCAUCAUCCAGCUGGCCACCGGAGAGCUGAAGCGGGUGGAGGAACUGCAGACCCAGGACUUCGUCCGCAGCGCCGAGGCGAGCGGGGGCUUGAAGAUCGACUCCAGCACGGUGGUGGACAUCCAGGAGAGCCAGUGGCCCGGCUUCGUCACGCUGCAUUUUGUGGUCGGGGAGCAGCAGAGCCGAGUGAGCAUCGACGUGCCCCCGGAGCACCCCUUCUUCGUCUACGGCCAGGGCUGGUCCUCCUGCAGCCCCGGGCGGACCGCGCGGCUCUUCUCUCUGCCCUGCCACCGGCUGCAGGUGGGCGACGUCUGCAUCUCCAUCAGUUUACAGAGUUUGAACGGUAACCCCGUUCCUCAGGCCGGCCGCUCUUCCCCGGGACAGCCGGGUCCUGCCCGAGAGAGGCCUGAGAGGACGGUCUUGGGAGCCAGAGAGCCAUGUGACAGUGACAGGAAGUGCCAGCCGCCGGGAGACGGGGCGGGAGCCCCGAGCGGCCCCGCCGCCGACCUCUCCCGGCCCGAGCAGGGCGCUCAGCCCUGCUGGCCGGCCCCGGGCUUCCAAAGAUACAGCGCACAGGGGGAGGAGGCCCGGGCCGCUCUGCUCCGCCCCUCCUUCAUUCCGCAGGAGGUGAAGCUGUCGAUCGAAGGCCGUUCCAACGCGGGAAAGUGAUCGGCGGUCCGUCCCCCCCGCCAAGGCCCGCGAACGUGGCUGUGGCCCGUGGGCGGUCCUCACCGUGAGCAGGUGGAGAAUUUGCACACGUGGAGCGGUGGGUCGGCCGGGGGAGUCCGCUCCCCUGGCCGAGGGAGUGGGGAUGGGGUGGCGAGGGAGGAAC